AGGCAACAUUUCCAACAGCUGCAGUCUUCAAAAACAGAGAAGAUGGAAGAAGUCAUAGAGCUUUCACCUGAUGGAAACUCUCUGAUAAAAGCGGUCUAUCAAAGCAGACUUCGUCUCACAAGGCUUUUGUUAGAAGGUGGGGCCUACAUUAAUGAAAGUAAUGACCGUGGUGAAACCCCUUUAAUGAUUGCUUGUAAGACAAAGCAUGUGGACCACCAGAGUGUUAGCAAAGUCAAAAUGGUGAAGUACCUCCUGGAGAAUAAGGCAGAUCCAAACAUACAGGACAAAACUGGGAAGACAGCCUUAAUGCAUGCUUGCUUGCAGAAGGCUGGCCCUGAAGUGGUUUCUUUACUGCUUAAAAGUGGAGCAGACAUAAGUCUGCAAGACCAUUCUGGCAAUUCAGUUCUUGUUUACUCGGUGAAUUCAGAGGACAAGGAAACCCUCAAAGUUCUCCUAGAUGCUUGCAAAGCAAGAGGGAAAGAAGUCAUAAUCAUUACGAAAGACAGGUCUCCAUCUGGGAGGCAGAGAAUUAAGCAGUACUUAAAUGUUCCUCCUGACACUGAUGAAGCUCAUUCUUCAAGUUCUUGCACUUCCCCAUCAGAUGUAGAAAUCAAAACAUCUCCCUCACCACAGUCAAACUCAAAGGAGACAGAAAAGGGUCUCUUUAACUUUAAAGAACCUAAUCAUCCUGGAAGAAAGGAAGAUGCCCCUGAACCACAUUCUCCUUCAAGAAAACCCAACUUGGCACACACAGGACCUCAGAUGCAGCACGUAUAUUCUGAACCUUGGACAAAGCCUUCCUCCUCACUUUUCGAUCAGAAUCAAAUAUCCCCUUUACAAGAAGAGCUUCAGGACAUAACUCCAGAGGAAGAAUUGUGUUUUAAAAUCAACAGCCUGGCCCUGUCCAAGAGAUUUAUCACCAGACACCACAGCAUUGAUAUAAAGGAUACUCUUAAUUUCUUGAAAAACUUUGAGCAAACUGCCUCAAGAAAAAUGUCGUAUGAUGAGAUAAAUUCUCAGUCACUCUUUGGUGAGACUUACCAUAAUAGGAGUGAAGCUGCAGCAGAUCAGAGUGAAGCUCCUGUAGACCAGAGUCCAGAUUCCGCCCAAAUGACCUUUGUUUCCACCUUGAAAAACAUUGUUCAAAGAAGAAAUCUGGGGGCAAAUCACUACAGUUCCGAUUCACAGCUAACAACUAGCUUAAGCCCUCUUACUGAAGACAGCAAAUCACUUCUAGGGAAGAAAAAGCUUCUCUCCCCAUCUCCAUCGUUGUCACUGAGUUCCAGAGAACUGAUAGAAAACAUGCCUCCCAGUUUCUUGAGCAGGAGAAAUCAUGCCAUUUUAGAGAGGCGGGGUUCAGAUCACACUGCCCUGACCAGACCCUGUUUUCUUCCCCCUUUAAAUGUGAACCCUCAGCCCACAAUCCCUGAUAUCUGUAAGAUUAAUACAGUGGUUUCUUGUGGACAAAAAACCCUAAUUCCAACAGCACCCAUUUACCCCAAAGACUUCAAAAGUAGAACACUCUUGACAAGGAGGCAAUCAUUACAAACCGAACAGAUCAAACAGCUGGUAAAUUUUUAGUUGAUUACUGGGGAACAGUGGCAUACAACCUGUACACACUAACAAGUAUUAUUUUGGAAUGUGAGAGUGGCUGGACUGGACUGUAGCAACACCACCCCCAACUCUUCAUUGAACAUCAGCCUUGAGGUUGAGCUGCAAAAAAAUUUCUGGUUAGUUGCAGAGGAAUACAGCAAUUGCAAAAUAUUGUUACCUUCAUUGUAGCUCUAUAAUAAAAGAAAACAAUGAAUAUGGUUCUCCAUUGUCUGCAUAGAUAAUACAAACCAGAAUUUUCAGAUGAGGCCUUCUAGGGUUCGCAAAUACUAGGCCCAGUCUCUUACAGCAAGUUUAGUAAUGCCUUAUCUACAGUGUGUGACUAUUUUUAAACAGCUGUUACAGAAUUAAAUCCUAUAUUGUGCAACAGACAGUUCAGCUAUACAAUGGAAAACAACCCGGUACAUAGUAGGAAUGUGUUCAAGCCCAUUGAUUUCAAUAGGUUUUGUCAUGCCAAAUUCUGUGCUGGAUUAUGCCUAGUGUCUAUUAUUCUUACAUUAAUUUAUCCUCUCUUGAAAGGUUGCAAACAUCUAAUGUGAAGUGAAUGAAUUGAAUUAAGGAAAAAUAUAAAGCUUUAGCAACAACUA